UGCCAAGGUCAAAGAAAUAAUUCAACGCUACGAGCAUGCUUGGAAUACUCAAACCUUACUAACGGGAAUGCAGAGAUCAGUUGCAGCUGGGACAUGGACAAACGCUCUGCACAGUCUGGGAAUUCACCAGUAUGGAUGUUCUGGAGGAGAAGACGACAUCUUAUCACUUUCCUAAUGUUCCUGGGACUCGCAAAUAUUUUAUAUGUUGAGGGUGAACCUCAAUGUAGGAAUCGUCGCCAUGAACGCCCCCUACAAAGUCACAUUGAGCAACGGCACAGUUGUUGAAAAGCAAGACUUCAACUGGAACUCCAAAAUGCAAGGUGUAGCCCUCAGCUCCUUCUUCUACGGUUACUCAUGUACGCAGCUGCUAGCGGGAUGGUUGGCCACCAGGUUUGGAGGCAAGAUUGUCUUUGGCCUGGGGGUGUUUGUAACAGCACUUAUGACCAUGGUCACCCCCCUCGCCGCCAACACCAGCUUCUAUCUGCUAGUUGCCGUCAGGAUCAUCGAGGGCGUCUUUGAGGGAGGAACAUACCCAUGUGCUCAAGCUAUAUACGCUCAAUGGGCACCACCCCAAGAACGUUCACGGAUAACAGGUGUUACAUUUAUGGGCAUCUCCGUGGGUUUAGUGGUGGGGCUACAGCUCUCAGGUAUCAUUGGCAGCUUGUUCGGAUGGUCACCAAUAUUCUACAUAACAGGGGUUGCUGGACUAGCGUGGUCGGCUGUUUGGUUCUAUGUCGCCAAGAACAGCCCAGAAGAGGAUCCCCACAUCUCAGCCGAAGAGCUUAAGUUCAUCAAGGAUUCCCUUGGAGAUAGCCACAACAAUUUAAAGGAAACCAUAAAGAUAAAACACCCCUGGGGAAAGAUUUUGACUUGUGUUCCUCUGUGGGCACUUAUAUUGUCCAACUUCUGCAUAAACUGGGGCCACUACACCAUCCUCACCCUGCUGCCAAUGUUUAUGAAAGACAUAUUCGACUACCAGCUGGCUAAUGCAGGUUUCAUCACGUCGGUGCCUUACAUCGUGAUGGCUAUUACCAUGCAAUUCGCCGGCAAUCUCGCCGAUUGGUUGGUCAACAAGAACAUAUUCUCUGCUACCAUGGUUCGUAAAGUUCUCAUCAGCGGAGCCUUCUUUAUCCAAGCGGUGUGUCUGGUACUGGUAGGCCACCUCACGUCGGUGUUCGGUGUGUUGCUCUGUCUCAUGAUAGAUGUCGGGACGGAAUCUUUCUCAAUGACGUCAUCGUUUGUAAAUUGCCUAGAGCUAGCCCCGCAACAUGCUAGCGUAAUGUUUGGACUGUCCAACACGGUUGGAACCUUGGCAGGCAGCAUCAGCCCCCUCGUCUCCGGGUUCAUAAUUACGGACCACAGUCAGGAGCAGUGGAGGAUUGUGUUCUAUAUCGCGAGUGCUGUUCUACUAGCAGGAGCACUGAUCUAUGGUGUUUUCGCUUCGGGAGAAAAGCAGCCCUGGGCCAUGGAGGAGAAGAUAGCAGAGAACAACUUCAGUUCCCAAAAGCACUCCCACGAUAACAAAGCAUAUGUUGAAGAACACCAGUGAUAUUUUGGAAAAAUAUAUUGUUGUUAUUGAAAAUAUAUUAUUUAUAAUCUAAAAAAUCUGAAUUUAGUUUUUAUGUUCCUAGUACAAUAAAAAAACAUAAGAGA